AUGUCGUGGCGCAGUAACCAGGGAAUCACAGGUUCCAACAACAUCCCUCUUGGGAAGAGACGAUUCGGAGACGACGAAGGUGCAAGCGAAGCAUCAACACCAACAGUCGCAGCUUCAGACAAUGGCGCGAUCCGAGGCAGGAGUCCAACUCGAGCCGAUCCACCGGCAGACGGCGUGAAAAGACGCAAGAAGCGCAACCGUUGGGGCGACGCUCAGGAAAACAAGGCUGCUGGCCUCAUGGGUCUACCGACUAUGAUCAUGGCCAAUUUCACUAACGAGCAGCUCGAAGCAUACACUCUGCAUCUUCGUAUUGAAGAGAUUAGUCAGAAGCUUCGCAUCAACGACGUCGUCCCUGCGGAUGGUGACAGAUCACCCUCGCCGCCACCGCAGUACGAUAACUUCGGAAGACGUGUAAACACCAGGGAAUACCGUUAUCGCAAGCGUUUGGAAGAUGAGCGCCACAAACUUGUCGAAAGGGCCAUGAAGGUUAUACCUAACUAUCACCCGCCCUCUGACUACAGGCGCCCAACCAAGACACAGGAAAAGGUUUAUGUGCCUGUGAAUGAUUAUCCAGAGAUUAACUUCAUUGGUUUGCUUAUCGGACCCCGUGGCAACACUCUCAAGACCAUGGAAAAAGAGUCUGGAGCCAAGAUUGCCAUUCGAGGCAAAGGUUCCGUCAAGGAAGGAAAAGGUCGAUCUGAUGCCGCUCACACUAGCAACCAGGAAGAAGAUCUUCACUGUUUGAUCAUGGCGGAUACGGAGGAGAAGGUCAACAAGGCCAAGCAAUUGGUCCACAAUGUCAUUGAAACUGCUGCUUCUAUUCCUGAAGGUCAGAACGAGCUCAAACGCAACCAGCUUCGUGAACUCGCUGCCCUCAAUGGUACCUUGCGUGACGAUGAAAACCAAGCUUGUCAGAACUGCGGACAAAUCGGUCAUCGCAAAUACGACUGUCCCGAACAGCGCAACUUUACCGCCAAUAUCAUCUGUCGUGUUUGUGGAAAUGCUGGCCAUAUGGCACGUGAUUGUCCUGAUCGUCAACGGGGCACUGAUUGGCGCAACAACGGCGGCUACGGUGGUCGUGGUCCCCAUCGUGCUAUCGGCGGUGGUGAUGCUGUUGACCGUGAGAUGGAGCAACUCAUGCAAGAACUUUCUGGCGGUGGCUCUGGCCCCAAUGGUGAAGCCCCUCGUCGUAUCGAAGGAGGCCCCGGAGGCUACGAACAAGAUUCCAACUACAAGCCUUGGCAACAGCGUGGACCCCCCCCUCCAGUCUCAGAUGUCGCUCCAUGGCAGCAACGUGGACGGGAGCAGCAUGGUAGACGUGAUGACUACGAACCCCGCGACAGCGGCGACGCUGCCCCAUGGGCACAAAACCGUGGUGGCGGAAACUACGGUUACGGAUCGCAUCAUGGAGGCUAUUCCGCCCCUGGAGCAGCACCUUGGCAACAAGCUCCCCCUCCCCCUCCUGGUGGCCAAGCCGGUUAUAGCUACGGUUAUGCUGGACUUCCUCCACCUCCGGCUGGAGCUCCUCCUGGACUUCCCGGGGCUCCACCCGGCCUUGAGUCUAUGUACUACGGCGGCGCUGCUGCUCCUCCCCCACCUCCCCCUGGCGAAGGCCCUCCUCCUCCGCCAAGUGAUCACCCUCCUCCACCACCUCCACCAAUGUAA